GUCGGUGACGUCACGGAACGCCGGGCACCCUAUUGUAAAGUCACAAGCUCUAGGCCCCACCCUUUAUCUGUCUGUCCCAGGCUUCACUCGGCGUUCCUCCCCAGGGCCGGGGCGUGGCGAUGAAGGGCGGGCGAGAUCUUAAGGCCGCUCCCGGCGGAGCAGGUGAGACGAGUUCUGAGGGGAUGGAAGGUGACAAAAGGACUUCUACCUGGAGGGGUUGGCCCUAGAGAGGGAGCCGGGGAAGGUAUGGGACCAGCAAUGCGGAGGCCGCUGCCCCGCAUGCGCCCUCGGUCAGAGUUCAUGUACCUGGCAUCCUGGGAUGGAUGCUCGCGCUUCGCCCCUGCAGACCGCCCCCUGGCUCCAGCCUACGCCCCGUGCCGCCCUGGGCGCCUCCAACGCCACCUCCUGAGCGGCGAGUUCGACCAGCUGCGCGACUUUCCCAUCUUUGAAAGCAACUUCGUGCAGGUGUGGAGCCCCGGACCUCCGACCCGUUGAUGUGACCCGGUUUGGAGAAGUCGCCAACAAGGUCACCAUGGGGGUGGCAGCCUCUAGUCCUGCCCUGGAGCUGCCAGACCUGCUGCUGCUGGCCGGCCCUGACAAGGAGAAUGGACACCUGCAGCUCCUCGGGCUGUUUCCCUUGCAAUUUGUGCAGUUGUUUGUGCAUGAUGAGAGCCGCCAGCAGCUCAAGGUCAAGUUCCGAACUGGCCGCGCCUUCUACUUGCAACUACGCUCUCCUCCAGAGACCCGCGACUGCGAGUUUGGCCGCUGGGUGCGGCUGCUCUACCGCCUGCGAUUCCACUCGCCCACCUGCGCAGUGCCCUUCACGCACGAGGACACUGCGCCUGAGGAGGAGGAGGAGGAGGAGGAGGAGGUCAAGGAGGGGCAGUUGCAACCCCCGGAGGUGAGGGCGGGACCUCGAGCCCAGGGAUGUUGGGCCAGGAAGGAUGGAAAGGGACCAGUUUCAAGCCACAGAGGCCAGACUCGACCCGCAGGUCUCAGAACUCUGGGGGCUCUGACUCAGACAAGAUCCUUCCAGAUCGCCAAAGGACCAGAAAUCAAGUCAGCUCAGCUCAGAGCCAGAGAGAUGGAAUUUUAAACUUAAUAAAGAUCAGGCUCUU